AUGCGGUUCGAGAACGAUGAUUCGUCAGUUCCCUCAGCACUCGUCGAUGGUGGACACGCCACGUGGAAAACUUUCAAAUCAGGAUCAGAUUUCGAAAAAAUGAUCAUUGAUCACCCAAAUGUUCGUUGGGACUAUAUCCGAAGCACCUCUGGUUGGGCAGGUCUUCAGCAUAUAACGUAUCUACGAACAAAAUUGACCAUCAAGCCUGAAAGAAAUGAUCAGCCAAUGUUCAUCACUGGAAAUCUAAUUGAAGGGUAUGAGUGGACUAUCUGUUCAAACUCGGACCCUCAUGAUCUGGAAUGGUAUCAAGGUGAUAUGUAUUCGUACUCUGACCUCAUGAUAAUCAAAAACAGCAAUGAGCUUCAUCCGUUCACCCAGACAUUGGCACUGCCUCGCAGUCUAACCGGAGAAUACACCAUUAUUGUAAAGUCUGUCUACGAUAUCAGAAUUAGAGGAGACCCGCUCUCAAUCAACAGAUCAGAUCCCGCCACAAGCUUCAGAUUAGACUUGAAACCCUGGCACGCCCCGAAGAAUCAGCGCAUGCUGUCAGUUUACUCAAGCCCCAAUCUUGUUCCCGAUGUACUAGUCAAUAACCGCAUGCAAGCUUCUUUUAAGUUGGCCUCAAGCCAAAUAGGUCUGACUAUCCGAAAUUGGGAUCCAAAUGAGACAUACAAGAUCACCUCAGUGUACGGACGAUGGGCUGGAGAAGACGAUGCCUCAUAUGAAGCAAUUGGACUGGCUUUGAAUCCAACUAAGCUUGCACCAAACCAAAUUUCUGCACUAAGCCUGAUACUUCCUAACAGCCUCACUUCUCCCAAAUCACCUUCGAAUAUGGAGAUUAUCAUCAAUGUAUCGGAUCAUGCGCCAAUCCGAUCUGAACUCGACUUCCUUACUAGAUCUCCUCGUGAUACUUUCCGCUUCACAUUUCUGGACGCAGAUAAAUCUGUUCAAUAUGCUAUCUGUCUUCCACCAUCCACUCCUGUAUCUUCGACUCUUGUGUCUCAACGUUCUGACCCCGGUGGUCCGGAUUUCUCGUAUCCACCUCUCGAACGCCCACUGUUAGUAGCCUUGCAUGGCGCGGGAGUUGAAGCUAGCGAUGAGUUUUGGAUCUCUUCGAUUGUACAGCGUGCGCAAGAAUGGGUCAUAUUUCCCACUGGUCGAACAUCUUGGGGUUGGGAUUGGCAUGGUCCAAGCCUCUGCAAUGUUGAGCAUGCUAUCAGCAGUCUUGUUGACAAAGUAUGGGAUAUCUGGCGUUCUCAGAUACAUGAAGAUGGACCAGCCUUUAAGCCUGAUGGGAGCGAUCUGAUUGUCUUGGGACAUUCAAAUGGCGGUCAAGGAGCUUGGUACUUCGCUAGUCGUUACCCAGAUCGAGUUCGGGCAGUGAUCCCAGCGGCCGCUUAUGUCAAGAUACAAGACUACGUACCCUAUACGUCACACCAAACAAAACACCUCAUAGAUCCGUUUUUGGGAGGCAUCGUGUCUCUUGCCCAAUCCAUCUAUGAUAACGACCUGCAUGUUUCCAAUUUGGUCUAUACGCCGAUGCUUAUCAAGCAUGGCGAGAUAGAUGAUAAUGUACCAGUAUAUCACUCCAAAAUACUGCAUGGUCUUUUGCAUACGUGGGGCGCGAACCAAAAAAACGUGACCUUUGAAGGCGUUCCGGAUGAGAAACAUUGGUUCGCGGAUGUGUUCCAGUCACCCAGUGUGGUGAACUUUUUAGACAAACAAACAUCAAUACAUAAAGGUGAUAAAGAGCUUGAAAGAUGGAAAGGCCCUUUUGAAUUCACCCUCACGGUGAGUGACCCCAUUGAGGCAGGAAGUUUUCAAGGAUUUAAAAUCAUGAUGUUACUUCAAGGAUGGAAACUCGGUAGGAUCAAAGUUACAGGCGUUCAGAAUCAAAGCAAAUGGGACCUCAAAAUUGAAACGACAAACGUUUGCGCUUUCCAAUUACCUUUGAAGGUCUUGUCGAUGAUGUUAGACGGUCAGAUGAGCGCCACAAUUGAUGGUCUAGAGCUAGAUUUGAACCAGUAUACAUCAAGUCGACUAAUCAUGAUGAGAUCUGACGAAAAACGCUGGAAAUCAGUAGAACAGUCUUCCUGGCACAAUUUCUCUCAUGAAAAGCGACUACGUCCACUUACCCAAAUACUAAACUCUACUGGCCCUAUGAGAAUCAUAUACGGGACCCAAAAUAAAGAAUCGCGCUGCCAUCUGCAGUCAGUGGCGAAACCAUUAUUCGAUCAAAGUGAAGACGAUGGAAACCUGAUCAUCAUUGGGAAUACUCUAGAUAACUGUUAUUUUGCACCGCACGUUGACCGCCAAAGCGUUGAAAUCGAAUGGAAGGCUGGAAUUGACAAUCGAGCUUCAUUCAGCGUGGCUGGUCAUGAGUUUGAUAAACCUGGACAAGGUAUUCUUUAUCAAAUCCCACAUCCUCAAGUAUCCAACCCUACCCAACCAUCCGCAACAUAUGACCAGAAGACUGCGAUUGUGAUAUCGGGAACAGACGGUACAGGGAUCGAAUCCGCCCUCAGGUUAUUUCCACUUAGGACAGGACUUAAUUUACCUGACUGGACUGUGGUCGAUGAAACAAAUAGAAAGGAUGGAGGUACCUUGGCUGCAGGUUGUGGUCGAUAUUGGGUAGAUAUGUAUUGA